ACUAUCUUUAGCGGCAUUUUUCACAAAGUUUGACGAGAGCACUCUCACUUUAUCUUUCUUCUCUUCUUCUUAGGUCUAGGGUUCUGGUGAAGAAAGAGUCUAGUUGUUUGCUUAGGGUUUUCUGAGAGGAGGCAUGUUGUUAACUACUGGAAGAAAAGAGAAACUCUCCAUUUCGAAAGGUUCUGAAAUUGAAGUCUCUUCUUGCGAGUAUGAUUAUGGUACUGGAACUGUAUGGUACCGUGUCAUACUUGAAGAGAAUCUAGCUAAAUCGAAGCGGAAGAAGCUCUCUGUUCGUCACUUGAAUCCUCUGCUUAAGGAAGACUAUUCUCCUCCGUUGAUACAGACCACCGUGCAUCGUUUGAUUCGUCCUGUUCCGCCGCCGGAUCCGUUUCCAGAGGUCGAUUUUGAGGAAGGUGACGUGAUUGACGCUGCUUAUAGAGGUGGUUGGUGGUCCGGUUCGGUGAUUAAAGUGUUGGGAAAUCGUCGUUUCUUGGUAUAUCUCAGAUUCAAACCUGAUGUAAUUGAGAUUGAACGGAAGGAUCUGCGUCCACAUUGGGUUUGGAAAGAUGAUGAAUGGUUUCGAUGCGAGAAACAACAAUUGAUUGAGUCAGAUUUUAGCGCUGGAAAGUCUGUAGAAGUCAGAACUGCGGUAGACCAUUUGGGCGAUGUUUGGGCUCCGGCUAUAGCCAUUAAGGAGAACGAUGAUGAAACAUUACUGGUGAAGUUGAAGGCUUUGAGCGAUGAAGAGGUCGAUUGCGCCAACAUUAGCAUUCCUUAUUCCAAAAUCCGACCUUUACCACCGCCUUGUGGGUUAAGUGAUUACAAAUUGAUGGAUAAUGUGGAUGCGCUUAUCAGUUCUGGUUGGUGUCCGGGUGUUGUUAGUAAAGUCCUUUCUGGGAAGAGCUACGCAGUGGCUCUGGGGUCAAACAAGGAGAGCAAGGAGUUUAGCCUCUCUCAUUUAAGACCUUCUAUACAAUGGAAAGAUGGCGUUUGGCAUAGAGAAGACAAGGUUUCAGAUAGCGAUGAAAGUUCCCAUGCAGUUGGACAAACAGCUGCUUCAACCCGCAUAAGGGUAACUGUUCGACCUGCCUUGAGAGAGAAAACAACUUUGGGCACAGGGAAAACAAUGAGGGUGACACGCUCUUCUAAUGGCGUUAUGCAGAAUCCUCUUCCUGCCUCUUCCAAUGGAGGAGAUGUUGAAAAGGCUGGUAGAGUAUCUGUCACUGUGAGUGGGAUACCGCUCUCCGAAACUGUUGCUCAGUUAACUGGAGAAUUAGGGAGUAAUAUGGCUGAUGUUGUGAUGAAUGAGAACACCCCAGUCACAAGCCAACAGGAGACACCAGCAACAACAGAGUUUCACUCAUCCGUGGUCCUGGGCGUAGCAGCCGCUACUCUGACGAAACCAGCGGUCAAAACACAAGGAAAAACAUCUCCGAGGAAGAAACUUCAGGCAAUGAAGAAUCAAAAGGGCUCUACAAAUGAUUCUGUUGGAGAGAAGGCACCUGAGGAGAUGAAAAACAGAGAAAGUGUUAAUAAGAGGAAAAGAGGACAACCACGUAAGUUCAUAAGCACAGAGCCUACGCAGAAGACUGGUGUGACUGGUAAUGGUUCAAAGGCUGCGACUAUUGAACUUUCUGAUAUGACUGAUGAGGAUAGGCCUCUCGCUUCAUGGAUCCACGGUGGAAAUUCAUCAUCGGGGCAAUCCAUAUCUCCGACUCCUGAUCCAGGGCUUAAUUCUGUUGUGGAAACUCCCCCAGCGAGAGAGUCAACAAUGGUUCUGCCAUUUGUAAAGAAGUCACCAAUUUGGGAAGUCCUUGAAUCAAUGGAGGUCUUUAAAGCAGUGCCACAACGUCCACAUUUUAGUCCACUUCUAGAGAGCGAAGAAGAGUUUCGUGAAGGAGACGCCAUUGGUACAAUGGUGAAGUUCACUGCGCUGUUAGAGAAAGUCAAAAAUCUACAAGUCGACGAUCCAAUAAGCUCGAUUAACAGGAUCGACGAAUGUUUUCUCAUGCUAGAGAAACACGGGUUCAAUGUUGCAACACCUCGAUUUCGGAUCUCCAAGCUUUUGUCCAUUAAAGAAAGCCAGACAUCGGCUUUGGAUGAAUUAAAAGCUGUUGAGGAAAAGAUCACAGAGAAUGACAAUAAAAGAAGGAAGUGUGAAGAAGAAAUUGUUGAAUUGCAGAGACAAGAAGUGUUGAUGAAGGAAGCGAAAGUGGCACUAGACAAGGAGAUAGCCCUGAUGCAGUCUCAUGCUGCGGUUCUUGACCAAAGGGUUCAGAAAGUAGAUCAGGAGUUUCAGGCAAUUGUGGCUGCCCCAUGGAAAUAAGCUAGCUGUAGAUCGAAACGUUUCUGCUUCAGACUAAUUGAGUUCUCUAUAUGUUAGUAGAAAACACAACUUAGACUAAAUUAAGUAGAAAGUCUCUAGUAACUACUCCGUGCCUUGUCUU